GUUUGGAGCGCUGUGGUGUGUACGCGCGCGUGCGUGUGGAGCUAUUGGGCUCGAGCGUUUUUUUACUGUGGUAGAGGCGCGAGACCCACUGAGCCUUCGAGGGGGGAAGAGAGACCGAACCAAGGGAAGAUUAAAAAAAAAGCGCGAGUCAGAGCUUUUCAUCUUUUUUUUCCUCCUUUUUUAUUUCCCCCUCUUUCCUUCUUCCAAGAUGUCGGUCCCAGCGACAAAGAUGAGUAAAAAAGAGGUGAACUCGAACCAUGAUGGAGCAGACGAGACCUCAGAAAAAGAGCAACAGGAAGCCAUUGAACACAUUGAUGAAGUACAAAAUGAAAUAGACAGACUGAAUGAACAGGCAAGUGAGGAAAUUUUGAAAGUAGAGCAAAAAUACAACAAGCUACGCCAGCCAUAUUUCCAGAAGCGGUCAGAACUCAUUGCCAAAAUCCCCAAUUUUUGGGUGACCACGUUUGUCAACCAUCCACAAGUAUCUGCACUUCUGGGAGAAGAGGAUGAAGAGGCACUGCAUUAUCUGACAAGAGUGGAAGUGACAGAAUUCGAAGAUAUCAAAUCAGGUUAUAGAAUAGAUUUUUAUUUUGAUGAGAACCCAUACUUUGAUAAUAAAGUUCUGUCCAAAGAGUUUCAUCUGAAUGAAAAUGGAGAUCCAUCUUCAAAAUCAACAGAAAUCAAAUGGAAACCAGGAAAGGAUCUGACAAAGCGCUCCAGCCAGUCACAAACCAAAGUGGGCAGGAAGCGGCAACAUGAAGAGCCAGAAAGCUUUUUCACCUGGUUUACUGAUCACUCAGAUGCUGGUGCAGAUGAACUUGGAGAGGUUAUCAAGGAUGACAUCUGGCCGAACCCCUUGCAGUACUAUUUAGUUCCAGAUAUGGAAGAUGAAGAAGGGGAUGGUGAAGAAGAAGAUGAAGAUGAGGAAGAGGAGGAGGGUUUGGAGGACAUUGAUGAAGAGGGUGAUGAAGAUGAAGAAGAAGAUGAGGAGGAAGAGGAAGAAGGGGAAGAAGCAGAGGAGGAGGAAGGAGAAGAUGACUGAUUUGUUUGCUGUUGACAUUCACCUCCUCCCCCUACUUUUUUUUUUCUUUAGUCCCUGGGAGCAAGUUGCUGUCUUUUUGUGCUCAGUUUCCUUGUUCUCCUGAGGUCCUUAAACCAUAUACACAAUUGGGAUGAGUUACAUGCGCAAACAACAGUGGCAAUCUCUUUCUGCCAUUUUCCAUGAACUGAUGAAUUGUCCUCCAACCAGAUGAUCAGCACACAGACCUCCAUAGUAAUGUGCUUUGUAUUUUUUUUUACUUUUUAUUUUUAACCCCACCACUGACAAAUUCCCUCUGUUGGAAGCCCAGAACUUCUCUCUACCUUUUGUGCUGUGACCAUAGAUGAUUUUGAAUAGGCUUUUUUCUUACCAGUUCUGGCCCAGAGAUUACACUGUGUUUCCAUGUGAUGUGGACAAAUGGCAGUUACCAUCGUCCUUGUUUCCUUCUCUCUUGUAACAAAUUGGGGUGUGAUUGAGGCGCCUGGGGUAGAUGCAGAUGGUUGGGUUCUAAAGGGUGGGUUUGUUGGGUAUUUUGAGGACAUGGCUGUACUUAGCACGUUGAUGCAUUGUAUAUUUUUACAACAUCCCGUGCAACCAAAGCCAACACUUUUAAAUAUUAAUCGAUUUGAGCCCCACAGCAGAUGGUGACAACCUGUAGAAUCUUAUUGGAAUCUACAUUCUCUAAUGUAAUUUUUUGUUUCACUGGAAAGGAAAAUUGCUCAGUUUUAAACGUUAAAAGUGUACAAGUUGCUUUGUUACAAUAAAACUAAAUGUGUACACAAAAAGUGUGUGGUGAGUUUACUUUUCACCUGGAAUGUUUUGAGGGCUUGUUUUCGGUCAUCUUAAAUAGUUAUUUUAAAUGUUUUGAGGAAAUUCUAUAGAUCUGAAGUAGUAUCUAAUGAAUACCAUAAAAAUUGCUUGUUUCAAAAGUGGUGGUUCUAAAUUAAUUUUUGCAUUGUUUGUUCUCUACUUUGUUAUAAUCAGCCAAGUAAUGAAAGUCUUAGUCUAAAUGAGCAAAGUUGAAAACAAGUUUUGGGCCCAGUGCUUUUUUUUGGUGUUAAUUGCAAUUUGUUUUAAUGCAAUGUAGGCACAAAAAGGGUAAUUAAUGUAUUCGGGCCUACUAUUGUAUACUUAUAGUGUUUCUAGCCUGGUUUAUGUUCAAAAUGUGUAAACAUCCCAUAUGUUUGUAUUUAGAUACCUUUUCUGUAUUUAAUAGACAAGAUUGUAACUAAAAUCAGUUUACAACUUGGCAUUUCCUUCGAACAGUUGGGUCCAAUGCUACAUUGCAAGUUUGAUUAUCACAUUUUGCAUUGGACAGUUAGCUAAUAAAUGGUCUUUCUCUUCCAAGGUUUUUCUUUUGUCUUGUAGUUAAAUUUGUAAGUUGUAUGUUGUCUUGCCAAUAGUUAUGCAUCUGACAGUUUUCUUGAUCUAGAAUCUGCCAUGGGUACUAUGCCAACUGUGCAAUUAGCUCCAGUUUAUAGAUUAUUGUAUAUAAUUAUUUGAACCUCAAUUGGGCUUGAUUUUUUGAAUUCAAAUUGAUUGUACUCUGGAUUUGAUGCACUCUUAAAUUGUUUUAUUUCUGGUGAUAAGUGCUAAUAUUCAACUAUGAUUUUUCUUUUUGAUUAGUUGUCCUUUAGUGUUACAACACUGGGAGCUCAGUUAUUAAAAGUUAGGAUACAAGUACCUCAAGUUACUUGUUAUUCCUGUUGCUUAUUCCAUUGUCCUGGUCAAAUUUGCUUUGUAUUGAAUUAUAACCUAUUGUGCAGUGAAAAGGUUGACCUCUUGAUUACAGCUGUUCUGUGUUUUAUAAACUUGUCCCAAUUCCAUAAUUCCUGAUUUAUGCAGUUUUGUUAUUAAAUUGCAUUUUUCAUUGUGGCCAAAGUAUUGUUUCAUUAAUCCUAUCCCACCUAUUGGAUUUCUUUUCUCAAUAGGAAUUUUUCAGUCUCUUCAGUUAAUUUUUGAGGGAAAUAAUAUCACUUGCAUUACCAGCUAGAAAAUAGGCCAUUAUAUAAUGCUACAGCACACAUGCUGCCUUGUUCUAAAUCUAGCCAGAAUGGUGCCCUAAAUUGGCUUUGUAUAUUUAUUCUGCAAAUUACAUAUCCUUAGUCAUUGGUACUGCAACAAACUUCAUAACAUCUGUUCAGUAAUCCACUAGACUACAAUAUAACCAGAGCAGCUAAUGAUAGUUUCAUGGGUGCAGAUCAGAUUUCUGCUGGUGUUUUGUAUGUCUUAAUAAGUAUUAUACAUUGGCAUGUUUUUCCACCAAGGAUAUCCAUAUUCCCAAGAGUCCUUCUGUUGAAGUCUUGCUACUCCACUGGUGAUGGAUAAUUGUGGUUACCAAUCACACCAUUUGGUUUCAUUUGGAAAAUUAAAGGAAUGAAUAAUAAUUCUACCACCAGCAAUGUAAGCAUGAGGUAUAUGGUUCCUUGCGCUGAAAAGUUGAUGGUCCUGAGGGCUUUUAAUAAUAGAUGGUAUACAAUCUACUGAUAACUAGAGCUGUCUAGAUUUUUCAGAAAUUUUGUUUACAUUAUCUGUCCAAGCAUUGGACAUGGCUGCACCAUCUUUUUGCUUAAAUGUUCUGGAGAGGAAGGUGUUUAAACAAUAUUUUGGAAUGUUCCUCUGGUUUAUAGACACCCAUGUACUGGGGUUUGUUUCAUGUGGCAAUCUGAGGUGUCGUGACUUCAUCUUUAAAGCUUGUUUUUUUUAAAACAAAUGAUUCUCAUCUGUCAUGUUAUCAAUAAACUUUGUAUACAUGUUUUGCCA